ACAGUCUGAAGACCUGUGGCGAUGCAUGCAUCCGAAGGACCACCCUGCUCUAGGGAAGCUGGUGGUCAGAAGGGAAGCUGUUGGAGGCAUGGGGAGUCUUCAGUCCUGCUGAAGACGCCGCUGCCCCUCUCACCGCUUGCUGCAGCCAUGGUCAACCCCACCGUGUUCUUCGACAUCGCGGCCGAUGGCGAGCCCUUGGGCCGCGUCUCCUUCAAGCUGUUUGCAGACAAAGUUCCAAAGACAGCAGAAAACUCUCGUGCUCUGAGCACUGGAGAGAAAGGAUUUGGAUAUAAGGGUUCUUCCUUUCACAGGAUUAUUCCAGGAUUCAUGUGCCAGGGUGGUGACUUCACACGCCAUAAUGGCACUGGCGGCAGAUCCAUCUACGGAGAAAAAUUUGAGGAUGAGAACUUCAUCCUGAAGCAUACAGGUCCUGGCAUCUUGUCCAUGGCAAAUGCUGGACCAAACACAAACGGUUCCCAGUUUUUUAUCUGCACCACCAAGACUGAGUGGCUGGAUGGCAAACAUGUGGUCUUUGGGAAGGUGAAAGAAGGCAUGAACAUUGUGGAAGCCAUGGAGCGUUUUGGGUCCAGGAAUGGCAAGACCAGCAAGAAGAUCACCAUUUCCGACUGUGGGCAACUCAAAAGACUUGCGGGCUUCUUACCCACCAGACCAUUCCUUCUGUAGCUCAGGAGAGCACCCCAGCCCCAUCUGCUCGCAGUACCCUGUAAUCUCUGCUCUCACUGAAGUUCUUUGGGUUCCAUAUUUUCCUCAUUCCCCUUCAAGUCUAGCUGGAUUGCAGAGUUAAGUUUAUGAUUAUGAAUAAAAACUAAGUAAG